ACCCGAUGAAAGAUAUUUGGUGAUCUAACGACACGCUCCGAUCGUCUCGAUGCGAUGGACGGGCUCGGGCCCGGCCCGGACUCCAAGUACGCGAGAACCAAGCCCCAGGUCAGCAUGAAUGUCAACCAGCGUGGAGUAGUCGAAAUGUUCCAGGAGGAUACGGAUCUCACGGACACUUGCGAUCGGCGUACAUCGAAAGCUUCUCGUUUGUGCCGGUUUUGUCUUAGGCACCGGCGGAAGUUUCUCUUCGCUGGGACAGCGGUGGUAUCGUUGACUGCGCUCUUGUUGGCGAUCUGCAUAAUCAUUGCGCAAGCCAAACAUCGUCCCGUCGAGAUCGAGGGAGAGUAUCAUCAUUUCAAUUAUUUCGGAGCUCCCACGAACGGAUGUGUUGCUCUGAAGAUCCCGCUGUGCCACAAGCAUCGGGUGCCGUACUCGCAUUCCGUUCCGGGCCACGAGAUUAACGUCGACGAGAUAGCCAAAUUCGAGCCCAUGGUUCAGAUAAAGUGCUCCAAACUGCUGCCUCUUUUCGUUUGUACAACGUUCGCUCCAUCUUGUGUGAGCCGGGGACGCGAAGUGCCUCCAUGUCGAUCGUUGUGCGAAGAAGUCAUGCGAUCGUGUUCUUUCUUCAUGGGCGUUUUUUCACUCAAGUGGUCGCGUAUCGAAGGCUGCUCCGGCUUACCCGAGUCAAGUGAUCGAAACGUUUGCGUUGGAAGGAACGAGAUCGAAAAACUACGCAUGUCGAAAGAAAGAUGCGACGGCGGGUUCCGCUGCGACAAGAGUCGUUGUAUCUCUCAGAAAUGGGUUUGCGACGGACACUACGAUUGCCAAGAUCGCUCGGACGAAUUGAAUUGCAAUUUUUGGAUGGACUAUCUGACAGGCCGCUGCCCCGGCGAGUUUCGUUGCUCCGGAUCGGCUCGAGAAUGCAUCACGAAGAAUAAAGUGUGCGACGGAACGAUGGAUUGCGCUGAUGGAUCGGAUGAGAGACAGUGUUUACAACUCAACCAUCGCAUGGGUUUCGUUGGCGAGGGACGACUCGAGAUGUUCUCGACACAAGCGGAAGGCUUCGUCCCUGUGUGUGCUGAGGAUUGGGUCAACUCCGACACCAUGGCCGCGCAUCCCGCAAAGAACGAUUGGAGUCAAAAAACAUGCCGGAUGCUCGGCUACGAACAAGCGCAGGAAACUCGCAUCCGAGACGAUUCACCCUCGAUAGCCUUCAUCGGCGGACGUCCGCCAGUGAGAUUCCAUCCAUCCCUGCGGAAUGGCCUUUCUGCGCCUUCAGAGGACGAGCCGCGAUAUUCGAUCGACGACCUCAGGGAAUUCCGUAAAAAACUUUUCGAUCGCCAAAAGGACACGGCUUGCGCUUCGUCGAGCGUUUCGGUCUACCUGAAGUGCACGAACUUCUCUUGCGGUCGACGUGCGGAAGACAUGCGAAUCAAGCCUCAGUCGAGGAUCGUGGGAGGGAGCGAGUCCCCACCAGGAAGGUGGCCGUGGCUGGUUGCUCUACACGGCGGCAGUGACCAUGUCUUCUUCUGUGGUGGAGUGCUCAUUUCGUCGUGGUGGGUUUUGACAGCUGCGCAUUGCGCUGGAAACCUCACCGAUACGAGUGGUUGGCUUCUUCAAAUGGGGAUGACAAGACGAAAUUCCUAUCAACAUAGUUCAACUCAAUCGAGGAAAAUUCAAGCCAUUAUCAAGCAUCCAGAAUACAACAACGCAUCCCUCUACAAUAAUGAUAUCGCGCUCUUGUUGAUCUCGGAGCCUGUGAACUUCGACGACUUCUUGAGGCCAGUGUGUCUUCCACCGCAAGACGCCCCGGAGCCGGGCACACAGUGCACAGUUGUAGGCUGGGGAAAACCACAUCACGGAGAAGACGUGGAUUACAAUAUGGUCAUCCACGAAGUUAGCGUGCCCAUUGUCGAUUUCGAAACCUGCCAACAAUGGUACAGUAAGGAGUAUACGACACUGUCGGAAUCGAUGAUCUGUGCGGGCUAUGCUGAAGGGCAGAAAGACGCUUGUCAAGGAGAUUCUGGAGGUCCCCUGAUUUGCAGGUCGGAAGCUGAUGGAGCGUGGUUCGUUGCGGGAAUCGUCUCGUGGGGUAUCAAAUGCGCUCAACCACACUUGCCGGGCGUGUAUACGAACGUUCCGAAGUAUCUCGAUUGGAUCCAGGAGGUCACCGAAGAUUUCAAACAUCCCUUGAGACUCUGA